CAAACAAAACCACCCCUCAUCACCAUUUCCCUUCAUUCUAAAAAUGUCAUCAACUGAAUCAAAAAUCGCCAUGGCCAAAACAGUUGUUUCCACCAUCGGUUCCAUCGCCGCAGCGUCCAUGGUUGCCCGCAGCGUAGCUCGUGAUUACUUGCCUCCUGAAUUCCAAGACUACCUCUAUUUCGGCCUCCGUAACUUCAUCAACAAGUUAUUUAGACAAUUAACCAUAGUGAUCUACGAAUUCGAUGGCAUUCGAGAAAACGAGAUUUAUAACGCCGCAACACUCUACCUUGGCUCCCGAAUAUCUCCCGAAACCAACCGUCUAAAGAUCACCAAACACCCAAGCGAGAAAAGCAUCAAUGUUGCUAUGGAGAUUAAUAAUGAGUUUAUUGAUGUAUACAAUGGAGUCAAAUUCAAGUGGUCUUUGGUUUCUAAGGAGCUGCCAACCGUAGAGUUUCAAGAAUACGAGGACGAUGGCAGAUACUACACCAGAUCGGAUAAACGAUUGUUAGAACUCACGUUUCAUCGAAAACACAAAGAUCUAGCGUUGAACGAGUACUUACCGUUUAUACUUAACGACGCCAAAACUAGAGAGUUAGAAGAUAAAACUGUGAAGAUAUUCACUGUAGAUAUGGACCGAAGAACCGCGUGGACGUCAGUGAAUCUAGACCAUCCGGCGACAUUUGCCACGUUGGCAAUGGAUACCGAUGUGAAGGAGAAGGUGAUGAAGGAUUUGGAUAGGUUUGUAGAGAGGAGAGAGUAUUAUCGAAAAGUCGGAAAGGCGUGGAAGAGAGGGUACUUGUUGUAUGGUCCCCCGGGUACGGGGAAAUCAAGCCUGGUCGCGGCUAUGGCGAAUUACUUGAACUUUGACAUAUAUGACUUGGAGUUGACUGACAUUCGGUCAAACGCGGAGCUAAGGAGGUUGUUGGUGACAACAGCAAACCGGUCCAUACUGGUGGUGGAGGACAUUGAUUGCUCAGCCGAGUUACAUGAUCGAGAGGAAGUGGUUCGAGACAACGGGAAGCAGGAAGAAUAUAGAGUAACAUUAUCAGGGUUCCUUAACUUUAUUGACGGUUUAUGGUCAAGUUGUGGCGAUGAGAGAAUCAUCGUAUUUACCACAAAUAGGAAAGAGAAACUUGACCCUGCACUGCUUCGGGCUGGUCGUAUGGAUGUUCACAUCAACAUGUCAUAUUGUACCCCGAGUGGGUUCCGAUUGCUAGCGUCCAACUAUCUUGGCAUCACACAACACGAUCUUUUUGAAGAAAUCGAGGAUUUGAUUGGUGAGGCGGAGGUUACCCCGGCUGAAGUAGCCGAGCAAUUACUCCAGGAAGAUGAUCCUGACAUUGCUCUGGGUGGACUCAUUGAGUUUUUUGAUGUGAAGAGGAAGCAGAAUGAAGAAACGAAAGCAAAAGCGAAAGAUUUGGCUGCCAAAGAGAUUGAAAAGAGUGAAAUAGUUCGGGAAUCAGUGUAAUGACAAUUUUUAUUGAUAUAAUAGUUCAAAUUAGGCUAAAUUUUUCAUCAAGUUAAUGAUUAAAAUUAUGAAUGUAUUUCCCCAAUUCAUCACUAGUUUU